GCCUAACCUUGUGAAUGUCAUGGUAAACACAGAUCACUGUGCUCGGCUCUCGAUUUCUCGCCCUGUCACUCGGCAAUCCUACAGAUUCCCUGCUCGCUCAGUGAACAUGGCUGCCCUCGGGUCUCCAGUGCACACGUUUCGCUGCCUUUUACGGGAGCUUCGCUGCCUCGGCGGCAAGAGCCACUACCGAAACACGGCGGCUUACAACUAUAUCCGGGAGCAUUUCAAGAAGAAUAAGACAACCAGUGAGAAAUUCUGUAGAGCCCAACAGGAGCUACAUUUUCAGGCCUCCACAUAUCUCUGCCUGCUACGCAGUGCUCGAAAUCAUGUUGUGCUUCACGAGGUGUAUCACGGCAAAGGAGAACGUUCUACAGAAGUUGCAGCCAGUAUGGUGGGCCUUAAAUUACCACAACAGCCUGGUGGAAAAGGUUGGGAGAGAUGAACUGUAGUUUUGUUAUUCCUGGCAGUAGAACAAGUGGCAUAUACCUUAGCUUAAUUUGAUUAUUUUGUGAAAUGUAAAUAAAACCUGUGUAAAUAA